AGGAAAGAGAAGCCAUAGUCUGCCAGCGGCUUUGGAGCAUCAACCUCCUCUGGACUACGGCGGUGCUGAGAUGGUUGUGCUCCUGCUGCUCCUCUGUCUUCCCUUCAUCCUCUACCUGGCCACGCCAAAAAUCAGGAAAAUGCUGUCCAGUGGGGUGUGUACAUCAAAUGUCCAGCUUCCCGGAAAGGUAGUCAUAGUCACCGGCGCAAACACAGGCAUUGGGAAGGAGACUGCCAAAGACCUGGCCCAAAGAGGAGCCCGUGUGUAUUUAGCUUGCCGGGAUGUCCAAAAGGGGGAACAGGUGGCUAGUGAGAUCCAAGCCACCACCGGGAACAAUCAGGUCCUGGUACGGAAACUGGACCUAGCUGAUACCAAGUCUAUCCGAGCCUUUGCCAAAGACUUCUUAGCUGAGGAAAAGCACCUCCACAUUCUGAUCAACAAUGCAGGAGUGAUGAUGUGUCCCUACUCUAAGACGGCAGAUGGCUUUGAGAUGCACAUUGGAGUCAACCACCUGGGUCACUUCCUCUUGACCCAUUUGCUGCUAGAAAAACUGAAGGACUCAGGCCCAUCAAGGAUAGUCAAUGUGUCUUCCUUGGCACAUCAUCUGGGAAGGAUCCACUUCCAUAACCUGCAGGGGGAGAAGUUCUACAGUGCAGGUCUUGCUUAUUGCCACAGCAAAUUAGCCAACAUUCUCUUCACUCAGGAACUGGCCAGGAGGCUGAAAGGCUCUGGAGUGACAACAUACUCUGUCCACCCUGGCACAGUCCACUCCGAAUUGACUCGGCACUCGUUGUUUAUGAGAUGGAUAUGGCAGCUUUUCUUCCUUUUCAUCAAGACCCCUCAGCAGGGAGCCCAGACAAGCCUGUACUGUGCCUUAACAGAAGGUCUUGAGAGCCUAAGUGGCAGUCACUUCAGUGAUUGUCACUUGACAUGGGUCUCCGGCCAAGCUCGUAAUGAGACAAUAGCCAGGCGGCUGUGGGAUGUCAGCUGUGACCUGCUGGGCCUCCCUACGGAUUGGUAAGUGGUGGUUUGGACUCAAAGAAGAUUGGAAGAGAUGAUUGUUCUUCAAAGGGGCCAAAACCUUGAGCAUGAAGAGCAGAACUUCGAGCCUUGCCUGCUUGGUGUCCAUCCAGUUAAAUCCCAGGACACUGCCAGGUUCCUGGAAACGUUUUGAGUUUGUACUGACUUACUUUGUUCCUGCACCUGCCGACAUUUCUAGUGCUAUCUAUCAGGCACUAAGACAGAGGACCCUCAAAUGACCUACGCAGCUCCUGUUUUCCUUUGGAAACCCAUUCCUAGGAGAAUGGAAACCCUAGAAGGAUCGGUGCAUGGCAAUAUGGAUUAGAUAUAGCUCCUCCCAGCCAACCAGACUUUCCUUGAAGAGCUCCAUUGCAACCCCAGCUGAACCCCCGGAGUCCAGUGACUUGGCUCGAGAGCAAGCCUUUGUGGCCCCAACGUCUGGAUACUUAGAGGAAAGUCUUCACUAAAUCUGGCAGUCUGAAGCAUUUGCUACUGAAACACUUUCCCAUGUCCAGAUCACAGAUGAGCUUCCUUCUCUAAGAAGUUUGUGGAAUUUGAAGGGCAGAAAUAAAAAUAAAGUCAAACUGUCA